AUGGAGCCGGCCAGGCGGCAGCGGGCGCUGACCCUCCUCCCCGUGGGCCUCGCCCUCACCUGCUCCCUCACGGCCGUGGGCAGCAGCUACUGGUGUGAGGGGACCCGGCGGGUGGCAAAGCCGCUGUGCCAGGACCGUCCGGGGGCGCUGCACUGCAUCCAUUACAGCCCGGGCAGCGCGGACAACGGGAGCCAGGCUGUGCAGUACAUCUGGGAGAUGGGGGACGACAAGUUCAUCCAGCGGAGGUUCCACGUGGGGCUCUGGCAUUCGUGCGAGGAGCGCCUCGGCAGCCCAGGUGAAAAGUGUAGGAGUUUCCAGAGUGUAAUACCAGCUGAAGAACGAGGUGUUCUGUGGCUGUCCAUCGGGGCUGAGGUCCUGAACAUCCUUCUGACGUUGACGAGCGCCGUCCUCCUGGGCUCCAGAGGGAGUUAUCACAGCUCGGGGCUCCACUGGCUCAAGGUGGACGCCUCUGUAGCCAUCCUCAUGGUGCUUGCAGGGCUCCUAGCCAUGGUGGCUCACAUGAUGUACACAACCAUUUUUGAAAUCACUGUGAACCUUGGACCGGAAGAUUGGAAGCCUCAGACGUGGGACUAUGGCUGGUCAUACUGCCUCGCGUGGGGUUCUUUCGCCCUCUGUAUGGCUGUGUCAGGCAUGGCCACGAGCAGAUACACCGCAGCCCGCCUGGAAGUCGCAGAGAAGAAAAGUGUACAGAGGGGCAGUCAGCCCUCUCAGCGUGACUUCCAGGAACCCAAGUCUUCGAAAAGUGUUUGGGAAACAGAAGCUGCUCCCAGCCCCGCUGGGCAUGCUGUCAUCAGUGUAUCUGAGCACCUGCCUUCAGAUGCCCCAGGCAAGGUGUCCAUGUGCUAG